GGACGGUGCCUGGUGCCCCCCAGCAGCCCCUGGUGUUGGAGCAGUGCCAGCCCCGGCUCCCUCCACCUAAAUAAACCUGUCCCUCCCCAAACCCCACAGCCUCAGAUGUUUCCCCUGGCGGUGUCAGCCAGGCUUCCUGUUCGCAGCGUCGCUGAGAGGGACAUCGCCUGCCCACGGUUCAUCCUGCUGUGUCUCAGCCCCUCCUCGAGGAGCCGAGGCUGGAACCGCCAGGAACUGCUCCUCAAAGGCCUUUUUUGUCUCCUCCUCAGAGCUGGGGGCGUUAUCAGGAGGAACGCAAAGAGCUUUUCUUGUCCUGAGCCGCUGUGGCCGGGUCCUGCCCCAGCUCCCCGGGAAUGCUGCGACUGUGAGGCAGAGCCUGGCACUGCCAGGGGUGCUGGAGGAACUCUGGAGCUGCAGGAUGUGGCUGAGCCCAGGGAGGAUGUGGAGAGUGAGGGCCUGGCAGCCAGCCCAAGCCCAGAGAAUGUGGAGGACAUGUAUGAGCUGCUGGAGAAGCUGGGCAGUGGCCACUUUGGCGUGGUGAGGCUCUGCCGUGAGCGCAGCACCGGCAAUUUCUACGCCGCCAAAUUUGUGAAGACGCGGCGGUGCUGGGGCAGCCGCCUGGGGCUGCAGCGGGCGCAGGUGGAACGGGAAGUCGCCAUCCUCCGCCAGCUCGACCAUCCCAACAUCAUGCAGCUCCACGACCUCUUUGCCAGCAGAGCUGAAGUGGUGCUCGUCCUGGAGCUGAUCAGCGGUGGGGAACUCUUCGACUUCAUUGCGGAGAAGGAGAUGCUGUCAGAGGAGGAGGCCAUCGAGUUCCUGGGGCAGAUCCUGAGUGGGGUGGAAUAUCUGCACGCUCGCCUCAUCGCUCACUUCGACCUCAAGCCUGAGAACAUCAUGCUGCAGGAGAAGGAUGUCCCCAAGCCCCGGAUCAAGAUCAUUGAUUUUGGGUUGGCCCAGCAGCUGGAGGAUGGCAUCACCUUCAAGAGCCUCUGUGGGACCCCCCAGUACAUCGCUCCUGAAGUGAUCAAUUAUGAGCCACUGAGCCUCGCGACUGACAUGUGGAGCAUCGGAGUCAUCACCUACAUUCUGCUCAGUGGCCUGUCCCCCUUCCAGGGUGAGACGGAUGCUGAGACACUCUCCAACGUCGUGGCUGGUGCCUACGAGUUUGAGGAGCGCUGCUUCAGCCAGACCUCCGAGAUGGCCAAGGACUUCAUCCGCCAGCUGCUGGUGAAGGAGCCACAGCACCGCAUGACAGCAGCUGAGUGCCUGAUGCACCCCUGGAUCAAGCCCCAGAGCAGGAAGCAGGCGCUGAGCCGGAGACGUUCCUCCAUCAACAUGAGAAACUUCCGCAAGUUCAACGCCCUGAGGAAGUGGAAGCUCUCCUACAACACAGUGUCCGCCUGCAACCGGCUGUGCCGCACGCGGCUGCUCUGCAACCCCGGCAAGGAUCACGAGGAGCUGUCCUGUCCCUGCCCUGCAGCCCCCCUGUACCCCCAGCGCUGCUGUGAGAGUGACCAAGAGGAAGAGAGGAGCCCCCGCAUCGCUCUGCUGCGCCGGCGGAGAAGCAGCUGCUCCUGAGCUCCUCCAAAAAAAGACAAAACCCCUGCGAGGGGAGCUUUUGGGGUCCCCCCAUCGCCCCAUCCAUGGGGCAGGGGCAGUGUCCAGCCCCACAGCUCCCAGUUCCGUGGUGUUGGAGGGUCACUGGGGCAUCAGCACCCCGCUCCUGCCCCCGGGUUUUGCUGCGGUGGAGCUCGUGCUGCCCCAGGGCUGGGAUCCUCCUCUCUGCUUUGCCCUAAUGAGAAAAAUAAAUGUCACCUCCUCCUCCUC